CUACUUUUCCACCUUUCUUUGACCUCUGCGGCGAAAAGCCAAUUAAUAUCACUCAGUGUCUGAAACUUUGUCACUGGCGGCAUAACUUCUGCAGCACCCACUCCUCCACCGCCAUCUCCGGCCCCACCACCACCCCCUCCGCCGCCGCAGCACCGCCGCGGGCGAGCGUUUCACAUAGUUAAACCCACAUUGUUCAACCUAGCUCCAAACACUCCUAAAAAAAAUGCACUAUUUCCACCUCCCACCCGCCACCAUUCUCACAUUCCUCCUCCUCCUCUCCGCCGCCGCCGCCGCGGCGACGACGCCGCACCGCCGCCUCCUCCACCAGCCCCUCUUCCCCUUCGACCAGCCCAGCACCAUCUCUCAACCCCCCUUCCCCGCCCCCUCCCCCCAACCCCAGCAGCCCAAGUACCCCUUCUCCACCCUCCCCCCACCCGACCCCCCCUCCACCCCCUCAAACGCCUUCUUCCCCUCCUACCUCUCCCCGCCCCCGCCCCCUCCCCCGCCCACCACCUCCUCCUCCUCCUCCGCCGCCGCGUUCGGCAGCUUUCCCGCCAACAUCUCCUCCCUCGUGCUCCCCUCCUCCAACCACCCCUCCCACAAGCCCAUCAAGCUCAUCUCUCUCAUCGUCUCCCUCUCUCUCCUCUCCAUCCUCGCCCUCGCCUCCCUCCUCCUCCUCCUCCUCCGCCACUACCGCCCCCACGCCCCCCGCCACCUCAAAUCCGACAGCCUCCGCCUCUUCCCCCCCGACACCCCCACCUCCGACACCGCCGCCCCCCUCGACCCCUCCAAGAAACCGCCGCCCCCACUCCACCCCCUCCACGCCCCCUCCUCCACCUCCUCCGAGUUCCUCUACCUCGGCACCCUCGUCAGCUCCCGCGAGCCCCCCCAACAGCAAAAUGGCCAAAUUACCCCUCCCACUCCCACCCUCAACUACCACCGCCUCGGCUCCCCGGAGCUCCACCCCCUCCCCCCGCUUCCCCGCCAGCACUCCGGUCAAAUCCCCCCUCCCGCCGCCUCGCCGGAAAAUCAAGAAAACGAUCACGACGAGGAGGAAUUCUUCUCGCCGCGAGGCUCCACCGCAAACAACGCUAGUCCCCACCGCACCAGAUCACCCCCAAACAACAAAGCCAACGAAUUCAACAAGAGCAGAAGCCUGAACUCGCUGCGCUGCAGCAGCUCGCCGGCGUACUCAAUCUCGCCGGAAAACAGCCCCUCCGUCGCCGCGCUGAACUCCGUCAGCCCGCAAUCGAAGUCCCCCGACAGCCUCGUCAGCUUCCCGGGCCCACUGCGGCGGUUCAUCCCUCCCCCGCCGGCGCGGGAGCCGAGGGCAAUUCCGUCAUUCUCCCCCUUCUCGCCGUCGUCCACGGAGGAGGGCGGCACCACCCGCGACUGCUCCCCGCGGACCUCGAGCUUCUCAGGCGUCGGUAGAGCGCCGCCCGCUCCUCCUCCGCCGAGGCCGUGGGAUGCCGCGGCCGGGCCGCCCGAGCUGGUGGCCCCCACGAGGAAGGGUGGUUUGGGAAAUUCAGGGGAGAUUUUAAAGCCCAAGUUGAAACCUUUGCAUUGGGAUAAAGUGAGAGCUAGUUCAGAUAGAGCUAUGGUUUGGGAUCAGCUCAAAUCCAGUUCUUUUCAGUUGAAUGAGGAAAUGAUUGAGACUCUGUUCAUGGUGAAUUCGAAUGGGAACGGAAAAGAUGGAGUUAGGCGCCCGUUGAUCGCGGAAGCUAACCAAGAAAACCUCGUGCUCGACCCGAAGAAGUCUCAGAACAUCGCGAUACUGCUGAGGGCUCUGAAUGUGACAGUUGAUGAAGUUUGCGAAGCACUCGUUGAAGGAAAUGCCGACGCGCUGGGGACUGAGCUCCUCGAGAGUUUGUUGAAGAUGGCUCCUACGAAAGAGGAAGAGCGCAAGCUAAAGGAAUUCAAAGACGAGUCGCCCUCCAAACUUGGUACGGCUGAGGCGUUCCUCAAAGCAGUGCUCGAUAUACCUUUCGCGUUCAAGAGGGUGGAUGCUAUGCUCUACGUUGCCAACUUCGAGUCGGAGGUCGAACACCUCAAGAGGUCGUUCGACACACUUGAGUCGGCGUGUAAAGAACUCAAGAGCAGCAGAAUGUUUCGUAAACUGCUGGAAGCAGUGCUCAAGACCGGGAACCGCAUGAACGUCGGGACCAACAGGGGCGACGCCCACGCCUUCAAGCUCGACACGCUUCUCAAGCUCGUAGACGUCAAAGGCGCGGAUGGAAAGACGACGCUCCUUCACUUUGUCGUCCAAGAGAUCAUCAGGGCGGAAGGCGCGCACCUCUCUGGCGCGGACCAGAAUCUGACCACCGAGGAGAGGCAGCCGCCCACCCUCCGAGACGAAGUGGAGUACCGGAAGCUAGGUCUCCAAGUCGUCUCGGGAUUGGGCGGAGAGCUCACGAAUGUGAAGAAAGCCGCUGCCAUGGAUGCUGAUGUGCUUAGCAACGACGUUGCGAAACUAGCCGCUGGGGUUUCGAAGAUCGCCGAGGUACUUAAGCUGAACGAGGAGCUCCCGUUGAAGGAGAGCAGCCAGAAGUUCUCCGACUGCAUGAACGAGUUCUCAAAGAACGUGGAGACGGAGAUCAUGAACAUCCAAGCUCAAGAGGGGAUAGCCCUCUCCAUGGUGAAGGGUUUAACCGAGUAUUUCCACGGCGACUCAGCUAAGGAAGAGGCUCACCCGUUGCGCUUGUUCAUGGUCGUCCGCGACUUCCUCUCGACUCUCGACCGAGUUUGCAAGGACGUCGGCAAGAUCAACGAACGGACCAUGAUGAACUCGGCCAGGCCGGUCCCGAUGCCUGCUGCUCCUAGCCUCCCUCAAGUCUUCCCCACAUUCGAUGAGAGGCCGCGGAGUAGCUCCUCCUCGGACGAGAGUUUUUCGUCGGAGUAGCGCCUCCGACGACGGAUACUCCUCUUCUGCGGUUCCUCCAUGAUUUUUGUUGGAUGCAGCUUGGAAUUAAGGUUUUGAACAGAAUGUGUGAUGUAUAAAUCUUGUAUUUGUCGUCUCACUUUUGUAUUUGAAAGGGAAAUCGAGUAGGGGAAUUUGCCAAUUGGUUUAUCAUGUAUGUAAUAAUGUAACAUAUGCUAAGUGACUUUGAUAGUUAUUAAAUACUAGUAAUAUUGGUAUUUUGAUUA